GUACUUAUAUCGCAAAACGUCGCAUUUCCUUGGUUUCUUAUCCACCGUCUAAUAUUUCCCAUAGGAGCAGAAGUUGCUCGACCAUUGUAGGUCAGACGAGCAUUGUUCAGUGUCUAUCGGACGUAGUAGCCAGAUAACGUAUCUCCACCGACCUCAAGACCUCAUCACAUUCUCCUCCCUGCGAUCUCGGUUUUUUCAGAAUGUUCAAGUCAGCCGCUACCAAAAUUGCGCAUAACUCUACUAUUCCAUCGCUAGCAAUUGCGGGAAACAAGGAUCUUCGUCCAUUGCAGGAUCUCAUCACAGCCGAGAAAUCCAUUGUACAGUCAUUAGUGAAGCUCAGCACCGACUUUACGAAGGCUUCAGAGGCGUUGAAGCACUGGGCAGUCGGCGAAGGGGAUGAUCUAGGGGAUACACUCACCGCCUCCACUACCAUGCUUCUCUUUUUCGCCUCCGCCAUCUCGAAAUUCGCAUCUCACGAGCAAACAAUCCGUGACCACAUGAAGGCUAUUCGGUCAGGCGAAGAGAGUCUUGAUCAACUCAAGCACCGCCGGAAGAACGUUGCUUCGAAAGCUGAUUCCGCUGAGAAGAAACUCAACAAGAUGAGUCCGGAGCACAAGAACACACCGAUGCAGACAGAGCUUCUGAACAAACUGAGAGACGAGAUGAGGAUGUUAGACUCGGACAUCAUGACAGACGAGGCGAAAUUAGGAGAUAUGAAGAGGACGAAUGCGAAGGCGUGGAUGACGUUGAAGUUCGCAGGCUUGCAGGAGUGGUGCGAGAAGGGCGUCAUCAUCGGCGAAAGUGGCAAAGCUGUGAUCAACGAGAUCCCACAGGACGUUACGGAACCCGGGACUGCUCGACCAUACUACAAUAGCUAUCAGCAGACUGCCGACGUUGUAGCAGAGACACAACAGGCCCUUUCAGGGGUCGUCUUCCACGGAGAGCCUGGCAGCGAGCGCUCUGGCAGCAAAUCUUACGACUCUCCGUCUCUUCCACGCCUCGAUACGGGCUCAGGGUACGGUAGCAUCAACGAGUUCGGCGCCAUGCCGGAGCCCAAUGUUCAACGCUCCCAUUCCUACAACCCAUCGUCGCCCGCGUUCUCUGGUAUGUCUCUCGACCAAGGACACGAAUCCGGUUUCCGUUCACCGACUGCUGGCGGCCAGUUCGCAUCUUUCCCCUCCCGCGCGCCACACGGGCGAUCUGGUAGCCUACUCGCAUCACCUCGCAUGGGCCCCGAACCGACCAGCAGCAGCUUCUCCACUUCCGUCGCUGACGCUCUCGGCUCUGAAUUCCUCGGCCAGCAGUCAAGCACGACUUCCGACUCUACUCCCACCGGUCCUCCCGAUGGGAUGCCUCGCAUGAGCUACGAUUCUCAAGAACCGGUACCGAGAUAUGAGUCGUACAUCCCGAAUGAACCAUACAAUCAACAACACUCGCCCGAGAACCAGAACUUCGCUCCGCCUUCUGGGCCGCCACCAGGCGCUGCCGCACCAUCGUUGCCGCAGUACCGAGCUGCUGAAUACGGGAACGAGUGGGACGAUAACGAGGGUGGAUUGGCGUACAUGGCCCCGGGAUCCUCUCCUGAUGAUAGGAAACUUGGCACGCGUGGGGACACCGCGACUCCUCGAAGGCUAAGCGUGAUGAACGGUUAUGCUGGCGAUCCGUCUGGCCCACCACAACAAGCACAUGAUGAGCCACCUAGGGCUGUGACACCUCCUACGCCUCCCCCUCCUUCGACGAUGGGCCACACGGACGAGAGUGCUUUAAAUGCCGCGGCUGCUAGAGAAGUCUCGCGAGAGUUAGAUUCUCUAUCUUUCAGUCCUCCUUCCGCCCGUGGUUCGCGCAACUUCUCCAACCCUCCGGAACCCAUCCCGACGAUUCCCCGCGUCCCAGAUAGCCCUCAACACAUUGCCUCUCCUUUCACUCGGGCCCGUGACCGUGACCCCGCAUCGCCAACGCAGACGAUGAGCCCGCCUCUUCGCAGUCCAGUCGAACGCACCUCUGACGUACCACAAAUUCCGUCUCCUCGUCAAUCGGUCGCCUCUCCACUCAGCUCUCCGACUCUAUCUAGUGCCCUUCCCCAACCUCCCGCCGUCUCUCUUCCUCCUCCUUCCUCCUUCGCUGGUUCUGUGGGUACAGGGGUUUCCGGCAACACGCCAUACCGCACGCCACCCGAAUACAUGAGCUCACCCAUCGGCACAAGCGCGCCAUCGCCGAUCGCCUCGUUCUCGAACCUGUCGAAGUCCUCUCUGAAUAUGAGUACACCAUCGUCUCCAUCUGCAGGCGCGGGCAUACGCACGAUCUCUGCGGCUGCGUUCAGGAGACCACAGAACAGGAUGCCCUCGGAUGGGAAUCUUCAGUUGAGUUCCAGAAUGGCAGCCGCGACGGGUGCAGGAGUCGCAGACACGACUCCACUCAGCGUGAACAAGAAAAGGGGAUUGCCUUCCACUCCGAAGAUGGGAGCCUCGGCUCUUAGUGGUGGGCACGGAGGAGGGUCGAGUAUUUCGCUGAAUAGGGAUUCGACGCCUUUGCCCUCGAUGAGGAAGAAUCCGGAUAGUCCGCCGGCGCUGGCAGAUGAAGACUUUGAUUAUAUCUCUGCGUAUGUCAAUAACGAAGACAAUGCGGCGGCGGGCGCGGCGCAUGGGUCUGACUCUGCCGCGGGCGCGGGAGGGAGAGGGUAUGAAGGGGGACGGUUUGCGACUAACUUGGAUGAUGGCGCUGGGUUGAGGUGAGGAGAAUGUGCUUGAACGUCGAAGUCGGCCAACAGAAUUCCCUAGCAUGGCCGUAGUCAAAUAUACCUUGUUCUGAAUAAUCUCUUCCCACGGAUUGUUAUUUUUGGUCUUUUCGUUUCCGGUUUGGUUUCUGUUGCCUCCCACUCGCAUUACUAGUUCUCCUUUCACUUCGUCCAUCCGUUUGCAGUUCACUCGGCCUUGUAGUUCCAUUUAGCUAACGUCGCCCACGUCUCGUGUGUUUUGUCUUUAAGUAUAGUACCAUGUAUCUCUGUUGUCAUCAACGGCCAUGUCUGUUUGAUAUAAUGGUCUGAAAUCCAC